CACCCAGCAAUGAGGUAUUUUACUGCUGUCUCGAGAUCAGAUUAUUACUGUAGAGAAGAUUUUUAUUUUUUGUUUCAUUAACAGAUUAUUAUAAAGCAAAAAGCAUGCAGAAAAAGAAGCAGACGUUUUACACUGGGAAUUAAUGAAAGCGUGUCUGCUAGUUUUGGGUAGGAGAACUGGGAAGUUGUUGCUUAAAAUUUUAUAUCACCUCCACAAACAAAACUCUUCGGAAAUGGUAAAAUAAGAAAAUGCAUGAUUCUAGAGGCAUUCCUAAGCACCCACGUGUCAGGCUUUGUGGUGUCUGUGGUAUCAUCCGACCUUUUGGACUGGUGUAAGUUUUAUGUAUUUGUUAUAUUUCUAGUAUUUUUCAUCUGUAAUAACAAAGGGGAAAAAAGGAAACUCGUACACAUAACUGCUUUGACAUCACCCAUCAUUGGUCAGCCGAACUUGCAAGAAGGGAAAAGGAAUACUGUUGCUUGGUGGGGUGGAAUGCCAGGAAUAGCCAUUUAAACAUUUUAUAAGCCUGAUUCUUUAGUGACAUCCUUUAAGGUAGACUGAAUGUAAAUCAUAUUGUAGUUGUCCUCUGAACUUAGCUUUCUCCCUACUUUUACGCAUAUUUGCGUGCUUUGAAGAAUAGAAGAUGACUAACAAAGACAGAGCUGCCCUAACGUGCCUUCCCUUCUUCCCCAUUGACAAGAUUUUUAACUGUGGGAAAAAAUAAAUAAAUAACUAAAUAACUUUUUUUCUUUUUUCCCAUUCUUUUCUUGUCUUUUUCCAGUUAACCUGCAAAUUUAAAGGUUAGCUGGAGAUAUCACUUAAAAAAAAAAAUCUAAAAGAAGCCUCCGGUGGUUUGGACCACCCUAAAAGAAAAAUGAAGAAAGUGUUUGGGGAAGGUUAGGAUUCCGGGAAGCUGAGGGAGGGGGCGGGAGUCCCGGGCACUGUGACUUCCUCGUGCUCUGCCUUUGGGAAGAGGAUGGGCCUGAGGUCCUGAAAGGGCCUUUCCAGCCCCCCACUACAAAUGCAGGGAGGGAAAAGUUCAGAAGCAGCCACGAAGGGACAAAAGCUUAAUGCUGCCAGUUGAACUGGACAGGGCAGUCAAUAAACCCAGGCAGCUCUGGAGACAGGUAGGGGCUCCUGUUGGUUCCACAGAGGCUGAAGCAGCCCCGCUGCCGCCCUCGCCACCGCAACCGCAGCCGCCGCCGCCGCGGCCCCUGCGUUACUGGGGGAGACCGUGCCGCUGCGACAGGGGAGGACGCGGCUGGAGCUCAAGGAGGCUCCAGCGCGCAGGCGCCGCCGAGCCCUGCCUGGAUGCUCAGUCAAGGCACUAAGGAAAAAAAAAAAAAAAAAAAAAAAAAGAAAAAGAAAAAAAGAAAAAAAAUCAGCAAUUUAUAGAAAGAAGAAGCUAUAGUCUGUCGGGAUAUCCAACACCAACAGGGCUUACUGAGAGCUCCAUUUCUGGAAAGCCUUUCAAGACUGAGGAAUAUCAGACUGCGAAUCACCGGGAACGGUUCCUUUGCAGCACAGAAGCAAUCUCUCUCCCCAUCUUCGCAUAUUCUGAUGGCAAAACAAGUGGAAGAAAAGAGGAAGCAUGACUGCAGAUCCUGAUCAGUUCUCUUUGUGGAUUAUAUUUUCAGUAAAAUGUAUGGAUCUAUCUUUUCCUUGUUCUUAUAUCUAGAUCAUGAGACUUGACUGAGGCUGUAUCCUUAUCCUCCAUCCAUCUAUGGCGAACUAUAGCCAUGCAGCCGACAACAUUUUGCAAAAUCUAUCGCCUCUAACAGCCUUUCUGAAACUGACUUCCUUGGGUUUCAUAAUAGGAGUCAGCGUGGUGGGCAACCUCCUGAUCUCCAUUUUGCUAGUGAAAGAUAAGACCUUGCAUAGAGCACCUUACUACUUCCUGUUGGAUCUUUGCUGUUCAGAUAUCCUCAGAUCUGCAAUUUGUUUCCCAUUUGUAUUCAACUCUGUCAAAAAUGGCUCUACCUGGACUUAUGGGACUCUGACUUGCAAAGUGAUUGCCUUUCUGGGGGUUUUGUCCUGCUUCCACACUGCUUUCAUGCUCUUCUGCAUCAGUGUCACCAGAUACUUAGCUAUCGCCCAUCACCGCUUCUAUACAAAGAGGCUGACCUUUUGGACGUGUCUGGCUGUGAUCUGUAUGGUGUGGACUCUGUCUGUGGCCAUGGCAUUUCCCCCGGUUUUAGACGUGGGCACUUACUCAUUCAUUAGGGAGGAAGAUCAAUGCACCUUCCAACACCGCUCCUUCAGGGCUAAUGAUUCCUUAGGAUUUAUGCUGCUUCUUGCUCUCAUCCUCCUAGCCACACAGCUUGUCUACCUCAAGCUGAUAUUUUUCGUCCACGAUCGAAGGAAAAUGAAGCCAGUCCAGUUUGUAGCAGCAGUCAGCCAGAACUGGACUUUUCAUGGUCCUGGAGCCAGUGGCCAGGCAGCUGCCAAUUGGCUAGCAGGAUUUGGAAGGGGUCCCACACCACCCACCUUGCUGGGCAUCAGGCAAAAUGCAAACACCACAGGCAGAAGAAGGCUAUUGGUCUUAGACGAGUUCAAAAUGGAGAAAAGAAUCAGCAGAAUGUUCUAUAUAAUGACUUUUCUGUUUCUAACCUUGUGGGGCCCCUACCUGGUGGCCUGUUAUUGGAGAGUUUUUGCAAGAGGGCCUGUAGUACCAGGGGGAUUUCUAACAGCUGCUGUCUGGAUGAGUUUUGCCCAAGCAGGAAUCAAUCCUUUUGUCUGCAUUUUCUCAAACAGGGAGCUGAGGCGCUGUUUCAGCACAACCCUUCUUUACUGCAGAAAAUCCAGGUUACCAAGGGAACCUUACUGUGUUAUAUGAGGGAGCAUCUGUAAAUCUUUAGCCUUGUGAAAACUAACCUUCUCUGCUGAGCAAUUGUGGCCCAUAGCCAGAUUUUGAGAAGAAAUUCAAGAAUGGAAUCAGCAGUUUUAAGGAUUUGGGCAACAUUCUGCAGUCUUUGCAAUAGUUCACCUAUAAUCCUAUUUUAAAUCUCAGAGUGAUCCUGCUGACUGCCAGCGAAGGUUUGUAAUUAAGAAAGGACUGAACCACUGCCCUAAGUUUCUUUAUGUGGUCAAAAACUAGAUAAUGAAGUAGCAGGUGCUAAGUAUCAGUGCUAAAUGCUCUGUAUGUCACUACAUAUGAAAAAACAUCAAAAAACAAUUAGCAUUGGACAUCUUAAUAAAUUAAGUUGACAUGAGGUAAAUGUGUUGAUAAAAACUAAUUUUAGAAGUUGGAAGACUUUAAAACAUUUCAUACUAUCAUUAUUUUGCAAAGACUAAAAUAUUUGGGGACUUAAAGUACUGUAAUCCACUAAAGAUGUGCCAAGAAUUAUUGGAAUAUCACACUUUAAAAACCGCCUUGUAAGUUCUGGGGAGCAUUCCAAAGCAGUGUAUUGGUUCCAAUUAGAGUUUACUUUUUUUGUAUUAAUACAUUGCUAUUUCUAAAUACCACUUUCCUUAUCUACUAGUAAGAUUGCUAGCAUUGAACUGUAUUAUGUGGUUUUUGUUGAUUUGGUAUAAAGUUUUUCCAAUUCAUUUAUAUUUUACAAAUGCUAGAUAUUGGUCUGGGAGGCAACAUUAAUGGUACCAGCCUGUCACAACUGAGCAGUUCUAAUAAUGCAGAAUAAACACAUGUUGCCUUAAAGGGUUAUCUAGUAUCCUUCAUCUUAUUUAGCAUUGGAGCAAAUAGCCAAGGGAUAUCAAAUCAGUAACCGGUCAUGGUCAUUCAUCUGAAAGUGCAUGGAAGAUCAUUUAGUACUUUUUCCUUUUUUCUCACAUGGUUUGAAACUUAAAGUGCACAUCACUGAAAUAAUGAGAUUUUCUUUUGAGGUGUGCUACCCUUUCUAAAGUGUUCUAAGAAGCAGGCAGUUGAUGUAUGUUUAUAUUUUAAGUCAGCUGUCAAGGGGAGACCACAGCCUUAGUAUGACAUCCUGCACAAUUUGUGAAGCAUUUAUUCUACUGAAGGCACAGUCUUGUUUAUACUUUCUGCACAUUCAGUGUAUUGGUAGUUUAAAUUAUUUCAGUUUUAACUUGUGAAAGCUUAUAAUAUGAUUUCUGGUAUUUUAGAAAUACAUUAGAGUCUGUGAGUCUCAUUCUUUAAGAUACAGAUGUGUGAACUUCAAUAUAAAGUUGCAUUUGCCAAAAUUUACCCGUGUAGCCUGUUAAUUUUCUUGAAAUAAGUUUUACAUUUUUGGCACAUAACAACUUUUUUUUUAAUCUGGGAGGCAAGCACAAACUAGGAAGACUAGCUUUAUUAUGGUUUUGCUUUUUGAUUCUUGUAGCUACUAUAUUCCAGACUGGAAAUGUAUGAAUGAUAAUCAACAUAAUGCUGAUAAACUGACAUAAUAUUAUCUGUAAAAGCAUUAUUUGGUAGUUUAUUAUAAUCAUCCCUCUAUUAUUCUUAAAUGCCAGUAGUAUUUAGAGAUGUGUACCUGCUUAGUUAAUUGGCUCAGAAUUUUAAUAUAAACAUCACACUUUAAUUUGGAGCAUAGUACAAUAGAAAUUUGGGGUUCUAAAUACACAACUUGUAAGAAGAAUGGUUUACACUAACAUUAUGACAAAACUAGAAAAAGUUAUUAUUUUGUUUGCUUUCUGUUGUUUUGUUUAUUGGUUGGUUUUUGUGAAGUUUAUUUUUUUUUUGGUAUUUGAUAAUUAAGAUUAGGAAUCUAACAGAACAGAAUUCCAUAUUGCUAUAGUACUUCUGUAAAGAGAAUAUCAAUAUAAAUAAGGAAAAUUAAUCAAUGAAAUGUUUCAAUGAUAUAUGCAACUAUUCAGUUUUGCUCUUGUAAGGACAGCUCAAGCCAUGAAUUAGUGAGCAUUCUGACCUCAUUUUUACUUUACAGCAAAGUUGAUUAGAUCUGAGACAAAAUUUAAUGCACAACAGUGAGUUGGAUCUAGCAAUAAAGUCUCCUUGGUACUGAAAUCAUUAUCUAAAAUAAAGGAAA